GAUGCUGCUAAUCUGGACACUUUCGCUGUUGCUGGGAGCAGUACUAGGAAGCGAAGUCUGUUUCCCAAGACUUGGCUGCUUCAGUGAUGAUGCCCCAUGGGCAGGAAUUGUGCAAAGACCCCUCAAAAUAUUGCCUUGGGAUCCAAAAGAUGUCAACACCCGCUUCCUCCUAUACACUAACGAGAACCAAGACAACUAUCAAGAACUUGUUGCAGAUCCAUCAACUAUCACAGAUUCCAAUUUCAGAAUGGAUAGAAAAACACGCUUUAUUAUUCAUGGAUUCAUAGACAAGGGAGAAGAAGACUGGCUGUCCAAUAUUUGCAAGAACCUGUUUAAGGUGGAGAGCGUGAACUGCAUCUGUGUGGACUGGAAAGGCGGCUCCCGAACUGGAUACACACAAGCCUCACAGAACAUCCGCAUCGUGGGGGCAGAAGUGGCGUAUUUUAUUGAAGUUCUUAAGUCAUCAUUAGGAUAUUCACCUUCCAACGUCCAUGUCAUUGGCCACAGCCUGGGUUCUCACGCUGCAGGGGAGGCAGGAAGAAGGACCAAUGGGACCAUUGAACGAAUCACAGGGCUGGAUCCAGCUGAACCUUGCUUUCAAGGCACACCUGAAUUAGUCCGAUUGGACCCCAGCGAUGCCAAGUUUGUGGAUGUGAUUCACACAGACGCUGCCCCCAUUAUCCCCAACCUGGGGUUUGGAAUGAGCCAAACUGUGGGCCACUUAGAUUUCUUUCCAAAUGGAGGAAAAGAAAUGCCUGGUUGUCAGAAGAACAUUCUCUCUCAGAUUGUUGACAUAGACGGGAUCUGGGAAGGAACUCGUGACUUUGUGGCCUGUAAUCACUUAAGAAGCUACAAGUAUUAUGCUGAUAGCAUCCUCAACCCUGAUGGCUUUGCUGGAUUUCCUUGUGACUCUUACAAUGUUUUCACUGCAAAUAAGUGCUUCCCCUGUCCAAGUGAAGGCUGUCCACAGAUGGGUCAUUAUGCUGAUAGAUUUCCUGGGACAAACGGAGUGAGCCAGGUAUUUUAUCUAAAUACCGGUGAUGCCAGCAAUUUCGCCCGUUGGAGAUAUAAAGUGUCUGUCACACUGUCAGGAAAGAAGGUCACAGGACACAUACUCGUUUCUUUGUUUGGAAAUGAAGGAAACUCUAGGCAGUAUGAGAUUUACAAGGGUACUCUCCAACCAGACAAUACUCACUCCAAUGAAUUUGACUCAGAUGUAGAAGUUGGAGAUUUGCAGAAGGUGAAAUUUAUUUGGUACAACAAUGUGAUCAACCCAACUCUACCCAGAGUGGGGGCAUCCAAGAUCACCGUGGAAAGAAACGAUGGAAAAGUGUAUGACUUCUGUAGCCAAGAAACUGUGAGGGAAGAAGUUCUGCUCACCCUCAACCCCUGUUA